AUGGCCACAAGAAGACGGACACUUUGUGAAGAGGGUUCUACACUGUGGGCAGCUCACGAGAGAACGUGCUUACUGAUUUCCGUUUCUACGACUUUGAUGAAAGAACAGCAAGCUUCGUCAAAACGUCGUCUGCUGGCAAUCCUUCAUAUGUUACUGACAAAAUUCAAGUCUCGCGUUCGGAUCAGGAAUGGCUUUCAAGCAGGAUCAAAAGUCACGUUGUUUUCGCUCCAACUGAAGACACCCGCAGCAUGCUCUCGCUGGGAAGGCUUGCUACUCUACUUCCUGGUCAAACUCAUUUCUAUGUUCUUCCUCCCGACUCCGCUCGACGACUGCACUUCUGCGUCCUAUUGCGACUCCACUUGGGUGCUGGCGCUUCCUUCUCCCGGAGAACGUAACUACUGUACUCAAGAAAACGUCAGGCUGCACCUAUCGCGAGUAGAAGUAUCUCACACGACGCAGCAGCCUAGUGUGGACGAAGUGAGCCCCAUGGAUGCAAGUUCGUACAGUGAUUCGCAAGAUGAGCUCAGAGAGCGACCCGGAGGUUAUGCGGAGCCAUUGGAUGCAAGCGUCGAAGGAGGAAACGUUGAUCACCCUGAAGUGAGAGACCAAUGCCAUUCUCAGGUUACAGAACUAAAACUCACGAUCAAAGCUUUGAAUAAAAAAGUUGAAGAUAUGAAGGAGGAGCUCCAGCGACUAGUUGAAGAAAUGAAGGAGAAAAACAACUUUUUCAAAAAAGCGUUUCAGCUAACAGGAGAAAGUGAGAGGAGGAGAUAUGGACUGUUUAGAAGCAAAGAGGAUCUGGAAGAAUUGAAGCAAAAUCUCCACUACUUAAGCGUCUGUCGUGUGUCUAGGUCUCAGAUCUCGACGUUGGCAAAACUUCCGUGGUUGUCGUACUAUAGAAAUUCCACCAAGCCUUACGCCGAUUUCCUCCGCUGCAACCUUUGCAACAGGGAAACUGUUAUACAGGAAUAUGACCCGGACCCAGGUCAUGCUAAAUGUGAGCAAUCUAUACGCAGGAACGACGGUAAACUUCGAACGAAUGCAUUGGGAAGAGGCUCUGUAAUGUCGUGGAAGGUAGUCUCAUCUACUCUUGCCGCCUACACUAUUGCAAAAGAAGGGCUAUCUUUCAAAAAGCAAUUUUCCCUUAUGCUUAUAGGAUUACGCGCAGGAGCAGCACCAGCCACAGCACACUUUGAUUCCUUGUCAGCACGGAGUAUGGUGAAAACCUUUGCACGCCACAUGAAGUACGAGAUGCUAAAACAAUCUCUCAGCAAAAUCGACCCAUCACAUUCCAUUUUGCGUUGGUUGGUACGAGUAGAAAGUGAGAGGGCGGACGAUAUCGUCGACGCGCUUACUAGCUAUUUGGAGGAUCUUGAAUCAUGGAAGAACAGUCCCGGCUUGAAUGAUACUCCCUAUGCUUUUUUCAUGAAACGAAUGGUAGCACUUUCCUCUGACGGCGCCUCUGUAAUGACAGGAGCUUCCGGUGGAGUUCAUAGAAAGCUGCAAGGUCUUAUCAUUCAAGAGACACAGAGGAGCGGAAGCGGUCGAGUAAACUUCCUCCUCUCCGUAUGUGCAGCACACAAACUAGAUUUGGCGGUGAAGGGGCAGAAAGGAAGCGUUUUCAAAUUCACACAGGUCCUUGUAUCGGAAUUGCACUCUCUGUUCACCUCGGCACGCGGCCGCGCCGCUUAUUCUGCAGCGGCAAAGGAUAUGGGGUUUCCCCUUCUGAAAAUGGACGCCUUGCACGCCGUACGAUGGUCUGCUAGCCUGCAGAACUCUAUUUCGAAGCUGCUCCGCGUUUACCCAGUUUUGAUCCAAGCUUCAGAAAGAUUAGCUAAGGACAGCUCCGCUUCUCCAAUUGCGAAAGAACGAGCUACAGACGCAGAAUUUAUCUUGAACGAUGGUCGAAUAUUCAUUACCCUACAUCACGUCAAUGCGACACUUUCGUAUCUCGCUAGACUGUCCGAAGCUCUGCAGGACGAAGAGGCUCUUAUGGUAGAUUACCUAUCACGCUGGCGACACCUGGAUUCCCUUCUUGAACAUGAAGCAUUGAAAGACGACGUCUAUGAUUACCUCGCCCAUUGUGGGUUCCUCUACAUGUGGGAUCAUGAACGACACAAAUUUGUGGACGCUGAUCUCAACUUCCUCAAGAAUUAUUAUACACCUUAUUCCACACCACAUAGUACUGCGGUAGAUGGACCUUCAGAGAACUUCCUCGCCUACAAUCCUUCCAUGUUCUCAGAUUUCAGCUUGAAGGAAGUGGACAAACUGGAAGAGCUCCACCGAAUGAACACAGCCCACUUGAGAAGGAUACAGUUUUUUAGAAAUGUCAACACAGGCUACUCACCGGGUGAACAAGGCUCUACCGAUCUGCGGCGUUAUUACCUGGACAUCACUGUUUUACCUAAACCAGAAGCUCAAAUCAACCAGUUCUACAACGAUCUUCGGACAAGCUUUCGCCACCAUAUGACUCCCAGCAAGUAUCCCACGGAAGCACACAAAUAUUUUCCAUACGCUUUAGACAGGCAUAUCAUAUUAGACAUCAUCGAAUGCAACGGAGAUUACGAGGCAUUCAAAAAUUGCGAUUUGCCAGGUGUUACAGCAGCAAGCCGGGGUUACCCUGAAUAUGUGGACGAGGAGGGAAAUGUGGAUAAAGGCAAGCGUGAUAGACUCAUUCUGAUGUCCAUCACCGACAUUCAGGAAAACUGCUCCCUGCCUGAAGCCCGUGGCCCAUUCUUUGACUUCUACAACUCAAUUGCAAGAACGGCGCGCACAUCGAACACAUGGCCAACCGAUCUCCGCAGUGACAAAAACAGUAUUCGACUCUACAAAACACUUCUUGACAACGGUGAAGCGUUGAAAAUUCCUCCACCUUUAGUACAUCAGUGGACAAAGCCGCGUCCCGGCUUGAAGCUGAAGCCUCACUUGCCUUCCUCAACUGAGAGGCAGGGUAGUCUCAUGAAGGAAAUAAAGGACUCCUUAUGGCGAGAUGAUAAACACAAGCUCGUGGAUCUUUAUGCCACACAUUCAAUGUCGGUACAAGGAUCAAGUGAAAGUGAAGCCGCCGACGCGCAACAUCAGUCAAAAAAAGACCAAGAAAUGUCAAGAGCAAUGAUUUUUUCUUCGGGCAUACUCCAUGAUCCCGAUGAAGACAAACAAUAA